AUGAGUACACAAGAUGACGACAACAGCACCAAGGUAUACUGCACCGUUGAUGAUCUAACUGAGGACACAAUAUGCAAGUUCCUUGUCAAUGAGGCUGCGGGAACCGUUGAAGAAGUCAAAGAGCAAUUCAGCAUCAUAUUUGUGCCGGGCCAAAGACCUCUACAGGUCUUCAAGCAUCAACGCGACACUUACAAAGUGCCAAACUACAGCGAGCAGUCGUACUUUUUAAUCGUCGACUCGGCGAACGCGACAAAGGAUGGCGUGCUGCUCUGCAAUCUCGAAGCCGAGCAUGGCUUUGCGGAUGCAGUGCGAAACCUGCCAAGCAUGGCGUGCAUGACAGCGACGUCCCUGUCCAUCGCCAAUUCCAAUUGGACCGAGGUGCGGGAGGGAACCUGGUACGACCAGGAACCGCCAGUGCGCCGCCUCGCCGUGUACGACAACCGAAAGAAAGGAGACAGGGACAGCUUCCACCAGCUCGCAGAUGCCGUCGAUGUCGGCAUGCACUACGUAAACGACGAGGGCGAGCCGCGGUCCGUGGGCAGCAUAGACGAUCUCUUCAGAUACGUCGCCAUUUCGCUCGACGAGUCCAGCGACACGGAUGAGCUCGUCAAACUGCAUCAGCGACACGCCGAGGAAAAGAGCCUGGACUCGAACCUCCUCGCCAUUGUCGACGACAAGUUUGCUGCCGAGGGUGCUCUUCUCGUCCAGGCGGAACCGCGAAAGGAGCUCCGGUGCAAGCCGCCGGUAGCCGGCACUCUGAUUUUGACAAGAGACACUAAAAAAGCCAGGCCCGAUGAGCCUAGCGAGGAUAAAGACCAGCAGGCUCUUGACGGUAAAGGGGGGCAAGGCGCGGAAGAGCGUCGCUUCAGAUAUUACCGUACUCGGUCGGGGAUGGUCAUUGCCUCGAUCGAACCACACGAGCUUCCGACCACAUUUAGCCGGCCGCGCCAGGAGUCGGACGGGCUGGACGAGAAUGGCGAGAUGGGCGCCGUGGAGGACACGAUGCUCGAGGAACUUCCGUGGGACUACUACCUGAAAAAGGACGCCGCCGAGGAGGGGGUUUAG